CAGUUGAAAUGCUUUUGGAUGAACCCGAUGAUAUAGAAGAAGCCUUUCUCAUUAUUGUUCCGCCUGAGUUGAACGAAUUGACAGACUGCGAAGAAAUGGAUGAGAAUGAGGAAGAUUUGUUUAUAUGUAAUAUACCGAAAGAUAUUCCAGGCACGAUUGAUUUAGAGAUAAGAAAAAAGAGUGAUGAAGAUGACGAAAUACGUGAAGAUAAAGCAUCUACAAAUGAUCCCAGUGCAAGUCAAAACACUUUUGAAAAAGAACAGCUGUGCAAUGUUUAUUUGUUCACAGAAAAUUUAAACAACGUUUUAAGAAAGAUUUCGGAAGCAGAUUCAGCAUUUAUGAUUUUUAAAAUGAUGCUAAGUGAUGAAAUUUUAGAACAUAUUUGUGAACAAAGCUUGGUUUAUGCACGAGUGACAAAUAAUGACUCAAACUUUAAUAUUGAUAAAGAGGAAUUGGAAGUUUUUAUAGCAAUCCUACUGUUCUCUGGGUAUCUUAAAUUACCUGGGGAGAAAUAUUACUGGUCCUUAGAAGAGAGUAUGAGAGUUGACUUGGUAAAUCAGGCAAUGGAUAGGGAUCGCUUUUUAACAAUAAAAAAAUAUAUUCAUUUUGCCGAUAAUAGAGAGGCGCACCAAUCAAGUGAUCGAAUGUUCAAAAUAAGACCGCUCAUUAAUAUUAUAAAAAAGAAUUUUCAACAAUUUGGGGUUUUCCAUAAAAGUAUAUCAAUUGAUGAAUCAAUGAUAGAAUAUCAUGUAAAACCUCUUAUUGGAAAAGAUCUACAGGUAGAAUAUCAUAGAAAAGAAUUUAUAAAAUACAAACCAGUGCAAUUAGGGUAUAAAAAUUGGAUGAUGGCAAGCUCAACCGGCUUCUGUUACGACUUCGAUAUUUAUUCUGGAAGAGAUGAAGUUUAUCCAAGAUCAAUUCCUCUACCUGUGAAAGUAGAAAUUAACUCUUUGAUCGAAAUUGAGGACCCAAAAGACCAUGUCGAUUUUCUAGAUGACUUUUUCACAACUCAUUCUCUUAUGGGUAUUCUGGGCGAUAUGAAGAAAAAAGCGACUGAUACGGUUUCUGAAAGUUAUAUAAAGGGAAAAUCUAAAAAUGCAGAAACAAAAACUAAUGUUGAACAAUCACAUAUUUACAUAAUAGAUAAUUCGCGUAUUUCUGGAGUAGAUAACGUCAAUCAGAAUGUUAAUGCUCAUAGAAUUACAAUGAGAGGCAAAAAGUGGUGGUGGGUAAUUUUUACUUAUUUGAUUGAUUUGUGUAUGGUAAACGCAUGGAAAUUAAAUUUGCUUCGUAAUAAUAACUCGAUCAAGGUACAAUAUAACUUCAGACUAGCUGUCAUAAAAAAGAUUUUACUUGAAGCACAAAGUAAAAAUACAAAAAGAAAAAGAAAGCCAAGUAUUCCAGAAUAGAGACCGAGUUCUAAAACCUA